GUUGCUUUCCUGUGUGCGCGCGUGUGUGUGAGUGUGCAUCUUCUACUAUUACUAUAAAGAAGAAAAGAAGAGAGGCACGUGGUUAAGCUCUCGGGGGUGGAUUCCACUGGUCUCACUUCAGUUCCUUUUGUAAAGGGAGCUCAGAAUCACAAGAAGGAAACUGACACCAAAGAUGAGCCUCGCAUGUAACAUCUUAGCCAGCUGCCUUCUGAUUUUCACUGUUUCCACUAAAGGUGCAGUCUCUGAAAAUAAGCAGGUCAUCUCUGGUAUCCUGAACCAUGACAUCAACCUGGACAUUCCUGAUUUUCAAAUGAGUGAUUCUGUAGAUGAUAUACAGUGGUCCAGAAGCGGAACCAAGGUCGCACAAUUCAAAAGAAACAAGACACCUCAGCAGAUAAUGGACAGAUACAUGAUAUUAACAAAUGGGACUCUGAAAAUUAAAGAUCUGAAGAGCACUGAUAGAGACACCUACAAGGUAGCUGUAUACAACACACAAGGAAAACACGUGCUGGACAAACUAUUCGAUUUGAAGAUUCUAGAGAUGGUCUCAAAACCAGUGAUCUCCUGGAGUUGCACCAACAGAACCCUGAUCUGUGAGGCAGCAAGAGUAAACGGCUCUAAAUUAGAACUGUACAUAAAUGAGUCCAAGGUCAGGGAAGAUCAGCAGAUCAUCAAAUACAGGUGGAACACCAAAUGGAAAGCAUCCGUCAAGUGCGUGUCAAGUAACGAAGUCAGCAAGGAAACGAACGCGAUGCCCAUCAGGUGUUCAGAGAAAGGUCUGGAUAUCUAUCUCAUCAUUGGCAUUUGCGGAGGAGGCACCGUCUUCCUUGUCUUUGUGGCACUACUCAUUUUCUACAUCAGCAAGAGGAAAAAACAGAGCCGUAGGAGAAACGAUGAGGAGCUGGAGACAGGAGUGAAUAGAGUGACCCCUGCCGAGGAAAGGGGACGGAAGUCCUACCAAAUUCCAGGUUCAACUCCUCCAAAUCCAGCCAUGUCCCAAACUCCUCCAACACCUGGCCAUCGUCCCCAAACACCUGCUCAUCGCCCCCAGGCACCUGCUCAUCGUCCCGGGCCUCCUGGCCCCCGUGUCCAGCACGCACAGAAAAAGAGGCCUCCUCCUACCCCGGGAACACAAGGUCACCAGCAAAAAGGCCCUCCCCUCCCCAAGCCUCGAGUUCAAUCUAAACCUCUCCGUGAAGCCGAAGAAAACGUGUAACUGUCUCCUCACUCAGUUGCCACCUUCUUCUAAUGAAAAGCAAUAGGAAUGGUCCUUUCUUGGAGAAGGCACUGUGGAAUUUCUCCACUCCAGAUGUGUACGCCCGCACUUCCAUCACGGGUGUUCUAUGAGCAGACCCUGAUCGCCAGCUCCCAAGCUCAGGAGCCACUAUCACGUCUGCACCUUCUGACUCAGCCACCUGAUCUGACAUCUGGCAUCUCUGGCCUCCACACAGACCUCUACCACACCAGGAAGAGAAAAAUAAUAAAAAUGCAAAUAUUAGGAUGAUCAGUGACUAAGUACAAAAUCCUAGAGAUCGCCUCAGACCACGUGCAGGUGUCAGAUGUCAAGCGGUCGCUGUGCCUGUGUCUCCCUGCGAGCAGUCUGCCUGUUUGGGACACUGUUGGGUUUCUUAUGUGCCUGAUGGGCAGCUGCUCACUGUCUCAGGAAUAGAAGUGAAAUAAAAGCCUUGACUUGA